AUGGCAGCAAAGAGGUCUCGGGAUCGGCUCUCUCCGCUGCCGCCAGACGAGCUCUCUCGUGAGUUUGCCCUUACCCCGAAGACAUGUCGGCUACAACUUUUAGACUCUCUGAACUCUCCUCCUGUCUCGGAAGGGUUCGGCUCUUCGAUAACGCUGCCUGAAUUGAAAGUUGGUCGGCAGGCGAAUGUGUGGAUCGGAAACGACCUGCAACGACAUUUCACACUCCUUCAUCUAAGCAAAGACUUGAAAACGCCAGCCUCCUCCAACAAGAAACUGCUCACCCCCCGUUCACCUCAACUGCAGCUGAUGUGCUUCGGAGAGAAUGAGGUAACAAGUGAGACUGUGUCCAUUGGAGCCUUCGGCGACUUCAUCAACAAGACUGGUAACACCAAACCAAUCAUUCUAGCGGGCCCAAUGAGGCACAGGAGAUAUCAACUUAGAAGGAGCCUUGAGGUGGAGCUGAACCAAGAGGAGGUCUGUCACCUAGAGGGCGAUGGAAGCAGCAGACUCUCCUACGGCAGCGAGUUCGAUCGUGAGCUAUCGCGAGAGGAUGAGGACAAGCAAGUCGAAGACAAACCGAAAAUGAAGCCAAACAACGCGAUGGCCCAGGAACCGGCGAAACAUUCAAGCUCACACAAGACAGAACCUUCUCCUCCUCCAGCAACACCAACACCAACACCUCCAGCUGCCAAGGCAUCGGCGACUAGCGGCAUAUCUACACCACCAACAUCCACGACACCAACCACGUCAACAGUCAGGGCUGAAGUUCAAAAGGUUUCUUCCAACAGUCAGGCUAUCGCAAGUACCACAAGCAUGACGUCAAGUGUGUCGAAGUCGUCACGAGCUCGAGACCCUUCGAAGAUGUGCAAGUGCAAGAAGUCGAAGUGUGUCCGCCAGUAUUGCGUCUGCUUCCGUGCUGCUCUGCUCUGUGAAGGAUGCGACUGCGUCGAUUGUUACAACGACGGACAGCACGAGCAGGAACGACUUGCGGCCAUCGAGCACAUCAAAACUUCAGACCCGCUUGCCUUCGCGGACCGCGUGAGGGCGGAAGGUGACGCAGCAAGUGUGAGCGUAGAGAGCAAACCCAAGCAGCAUGUCCGAGGAUGCAAAUGCAAGAAUUCCAAGUGCCUAAAGAAGUACUGCGAGUGCUUCGAGUUCGGCGUCAGCUGCUCCUCCAAGUGCGACUGCAAGGACUGCAUGAACGGCAAGACGCUGCAGCCCCUCGAGCGCAACGAUCCUCUUCCUUGUCAGGCGAAAACCCAGCUGGAGGCGGCAGGGCUCGUGGGGACGUCAAAGGACAAGCCUCUUCCUACUCCCCUUCAGACUCCCAAGCGCGCUCAUCUUCCGCCUUCUCCUGCUACCCCAGCUGUGCCUUCAGCUGUUCUUCCUCGCACGCCUCUCGAUGGAGGAAGCAAACUCAACGGGCCGGCAGCUGUGAGCAUGCAGAGAGAGCGAGAGGAGACGGGGAAGAACUUUGCGCUUGCCUCGUGA